ACAGGACCUCACACAGAGAUCAUCAGACAUCAGCCGCAUACAACAACAUAGCCUGAGCGCGCUUGGCACAGAUGGCAGCUCGCAAAAGGGAGAUCCCCAACUAACUACAGGUAGCUGGAGAAGGAACCAUCCUUCUAGCUCUCCACAAGACAACUUAGGAACAUACCCGGUACAAGACCGAUAG